AUGCCUCCCAAUUUCGAUCCAGAUGACUUCUAUCUUUCUGUUCCAAAUCCUGCUCAGUACACAGUAAUUUUGCCAGAUCGACCAAACAUCCAUCGAAAAACGACUAGAGUGCAGCUAAUCAGAAAAUAUUCAAUUGGAUUUUUGUUAGGAUUCAUUUUAUGUCUUAUUGUUUUUGUUUCCACUUCGUUUGUUUUUGGAAAGUUUUCUCUGAAUUAA